CGCGUUCACGAGUGCAUCCUGUGAUCUAUGCGUCAGCUGUCAAGCUGCACACACGCACACUACAGCGCUGCUGUCUCUAUGCGAGGAUUUGUUUGGACAACGAAUGAAUCUGUUAUUCCGCAGAGACACACAACACACAGAAAGUAUGAAGACUGUCGUGUUAUCAAGCUGGACUUAACGCGACUAAAGGAAAGUGGUGUGACAAAGGCUUUAUGUGAGUUAGUUAAAGAGAGGAGAAGAGAAACGGUUGGUUUUCCGGUUGCAACCGUUGCGGACUUGCUAAUAAGCUACAACCGGCUUCGUUAGCUUAGCAUAGCUAGCAUGCUAACAAGCUAGGCUAGCUGAUGUUAGGGACGGUAAUGCGCUGCUGGAGGUGUUUUAAUUUAGUUGAAAUUACCAUUUUAACACCAGUAUGAAACCUUGUUGUCAUAGCUGCUGUUGUGAAGUGAGAGCUUGUGUGCAGCAGACAGUGAGGUUGGGUUGCUCAUGUUAGUUAUGAGCAGUUUCAACAUCACAACCUCCACUUUGAGCACCGACAGUAGAGGCUCACCUCUCAGCAUCGACGACGCUACCAACAACAACAACAAGAAGCAGUGGGAUCUGUUGGGAAGCGAUGUGUUUCCGUGCUGUCACGACGACGAGAUGAGUCCCAUGGACGACACCAUACAAGCGGGGAUGUCCUCGGUCCAGACGGGACUGGUGCUCCACGCCACCAGACACCACAACAACAACAACACCACCAUCAACCAGCAGCAGCAGCAGCAGCAGCAGGACGGGCUGCUGUUGGACCUGAGCAGCAGCAGCACCUCUCCAACGGCAGCCUUCCUCCUGGAGGACAGCAGCUCUCUGGAGUACAGCGACAACGACGGUGGGAACAACGCGGGUCCGUUGUUCGAGAAGAGGAAGAGGUCUCGGUCCAACAGCUCCAGACACCGCUUCAACGAGGUGGUGACGGAGCUCGGUGCCGAGGAGGUGCGGUGGUUCUACAAGGAGGACAAGAAAACGUGGAAGUGCUUUGUCGGGCAUGACUCGCUUAACAUUGAGCGCAUGUUUCGGAAAUACUGUGAGCUGAACCCUGGUGGUGCAGCAGGAUCCAGGAUCAGUGGUGGUGUGGAGGAUGAGUGCUGUAGUAAUAACGGCGUGGAGAGCAGAGGACUGAACGGUGCAGCGGUGGUGGUGCAGGUGGAGACGAGGACCAGCAGUGUGCACGGAGGCCAGGGGUCCCUGGACACAUCCACCGUGUCCUCGGAGGAGAGGGACAUUGACAGCAUUGAGAUCAACGUGGAGCCUGUGUGUGUCCGAGGAGGGCUCUAUGAGGUGGAUGUCAAAGAGAGGGAGUGCAAUCCUGUUUACUGGAAGCAACAAGACCAUAUUCCAGUCAUGAGAGGCCAGUGGUUUAUCGAUGGCACCUGGCUCCCGUUAGAGGAAGAGGAAAGCGACCUCAUCGAGCACGAGCACCUGAACCAUUUCCGCGGACAACAAAUGCAGGACACCUUCGAGACGGACUUGGUGGUCAGGACCGUCGACAGCAAAGAUGUUCUCUCCCACCUGCCCCCUUUCUACCUCCCCUUUCUGUUCAAAUGGAGCGGAUAUCAGACGAGUGCUAGAACUACAUGUCACAAGCGCAAACGCUGCCAAGCCAUCCACAGUGUGAAGCUGAGUCGGACUCAUGUGGAUUGGCACAGCGUGGACGAGGUCUACCUCUACAGCGAUGCCACCACUUCCAAAAUUGCACGCACUGUCACCCAGAAGCUGGGCUUCUCCAAAGCCUCCAGCAGUGGAACACGGCUCCAUCGGGGUUAUGUUGAGGAGGCCUCGCCUGAGGACAGACCCCCUCAGACUACACACAUCGUCUUUGUGGUUCAUGGGAUCGGACAGAAGAUGGACCAGGGACGCAUUAUUAAAAACACUGGAAUGCUGAGGGAGGGUGUGAGGAAGAUGGAGGAGAAGCACUUUUCAGAGCACAAUGACGAGCAUGUGGAGUUCUUGCCUGUGGAGUGGCGCUCCAAGCUGGCACUGGAUGGAGAUACGGUAGACUCAAUAACACCAGACAAAGUGAGAGGACUGAGAGAUCUUCUCAACAGCAGUGCCAUGGACAUCAUGUACUACAACAGCCCCCUUUACCGGGAUGAGAUUACCAAGGGCCUAACACAGGAGCUGAACAGACUGUACACACUUUUCUGCUCCCGGAACCCAGAGUAUGAGGAGAGGGGAGGCAAAGUGUCCGUGGUGUCUCACUCCCUCGGCUGCGUCAUCACCUACGACAUCAUGACGGGAUGGGACCCUGUGCGCUUCUGUCAGCAGGAGCAUCACGCUGUGGACGAGGAGCUGGACCUGCGCUGGAUGUCCUAUGAGGAGAAGCACGUUUUAGAGCAGCUACAGCUCACGAGGAAUAGGUUACAAGAGCUGGAAAGUCGACUCCUCACACUGGAGGCCUCAAAACCCUCAGCACGCCCAGCCCUCAAAUUUAAGGUGGAAAACUUCUUCUGCAUGGGUUCCCCUCUGGCGGUGUUCUUGGCUCUGAGAGGGAUCCGUCCUGGUACCAGCUGCCACCAGGACCACAUCCUGCCCACUGUCCUCUGCAGCAGGCUCUUCAACGUCUUCCAUCCCACAGACCCUGUGGCCUACAGACUGGAGCCCCUCAUCCUCAAACAUUACAGCAAUGUUGCACCUGUUCAGAUAAACUGGUGUAGCGCCACUAACGCCACAUCGUACGAUGAGAUCCGGCCUACCUUCCUGAACCCAGUGAAAGACCCGACGUCUGACACUGAGAGCAUCCCCAGCCCGAGCACUUCUCCUGUACUCGUCCGCAGGCACUACGGAGAGUCCAUUACCAAUCUGGGCAAGGCCAGCAUAAUGGGAGCGGCGAGCAUAGGGAAGGGCAUCGGAGGCAUCCUCUUCUCACGUUUCUCCCGCUCCAACAGCCAGCCCUCAGUUUCGUUAGGACUGGACGGAGGGCCGAACGCUGAGGAAGAGGAGCAGAAGCGGACAGAAAGCCAGUCAGCAUACGGCCUCUCUACCCUGAUUCGGCCCACCUCGCCCAUUACUGACACAUCAUUGGAGCUGGAGCGGCGUGUCGACUUUGAGCUCCGAGAGGGUCUGGUGGAGAGUCGCUAUUGGUCAGCGGUGACCUCACACACAGGCUACUGGUGCUCACAUGACAUAGCGCUCUUCCUGUUGACCUUCAUAUACACGCAGAAGACGACACCCUCUGACCCAGCAGAAGACGCUCCGGAUCCAGACUGAGGCAGCACACUGGUUACAACAUAUACACACUUGAAUGGUGUCUUAUAACCCUGAAGGGUUUUGUGUCGCCUUCUUGACAAGACACGACAAUAAACCUCAUUCAUUUAUUUUUCAUGCACACAACCUGCUCAAAUACAAUAAUCUUUUUUUCCCCUAUAUCUCCCUGUGAUCCAGCUCUUUUAACACUUGAGAAUCAUUACUGACAAACUGACUUAAUUCCAAAAUGUGCAUUUUUUUUGUCUCUUUUUGUGUAGUUUGUACACAGUUGCACACCCUAAGGGUGACAAUGUUGGACUAGGAACCCCUAAGGAGGUGCACCCUUUGCCAGUAUGACCACGAGCUACAUAUACACAUGGAAUAAGAGUCUAAUGAUGCAGAGGAAUUUGCUGCACACGGAGGAAGAGUUCUAGCUUCGUCCCCAAGUCUUCAACCUUAAACAGCUGCAGCCUGUUGAUAAAGUGUCCAUAUAUUCCCUGUUGAUCAGCGCUUAAAUCUAGCGUCCGUCCCGCAGACUCAUCCUGGAGCCUUGUGACACACUUGCCUGACUCUCGGUCACUGAGGCUUUCGAGUUCUGUGUCUGUUUCUUUUUAGCUUUUUCCUUUGUUUUUACAUUAAGGAGAAAAAAUAUAUAAUUGUCAAAAGAAAAAUUAGUUUUAUCUUUUAGAAUAAACCUUUCAGCCACUACAUCUCAAAAACUUAAUGCUAACAAGCGAAUGCAAUGCCUUUUCAAAAUUAGCCAAAUAAUACUACUCGUGCAGAAUAUUUCUGUUUAGUUUUACAAACAAAAACUUAGGGCAUUAUCCCUUUAAUAAUGUUUUGGAAGUAUGAAGAAAGACAUUAACAAACAUUAUAUUUUUAGUUUGUUUUUCUUCAUCUUAUGAUUUGUUUUAUGUUUGCCUCUUUUUAACAUUGUUUGAAAAUAGAUAUGCACCAAAUAAAACAUGAACAAAACGCCACUUUUAUAUAUACUACAGGUCAACUAAAACAGAAUGUGUUUCAUUUUCUGCAAACAGUACAUUUUUUUGUUAAAGUAGCAGGCACACAAUGUCUCUUACUAACACAACAAUGACAGCUAAACAUCCUACAGGACAUUAUUAGUUCCCAUUUGCUGUACAUACAGAGGUUUACAACCACAUGAGGCAUUUUAUCAUGUCUACACUCUCAAACAAGAGGUCGGACAUGUAUAGUUAUUUUCUUACACCCAGUUUAUUUUUUAAAAUCUCUUGAUGAUGUCAUUUACAAGACGAGGUCUCACCCAAAAACAAUCACAGUCAUAAUGCUUCUAUACUAAGGAUGCGCUCUGGAGAGAAUUUUCUGUGCUAUAUCUUUAUAUUGAUAUCCAGAUGAAAUCAGUGGUACUAGAUGUAUUUUUUCUUAAAAACAAAAGAAAUAUUUUUCCUAGUGAUUUUCAGGCUCUUGUGGAUAUAAACCUGGAUCUCAUCUCUGGGAAAGUGGGAUUCAAACUUGCGGCCAAAUAACAUUUAUGUGUCUAGCUUAUUAGCUGCGUGGCAUUAGUCAUUCUAAGGCAUACUUCAUGGAAAAUUGGCCUAUAGGGUAAAAAUAGCUACAUGGCACACAAAAGUUAAUUGCAUUUCUUUUGCCUUCUUUGUGACCAACUCACACUUUCCUCAUUUGAGCAACGGAUAUGUCAGCUUAUCUUUUUAUUUGUGUGCAAGAAGGGUUUCUUUAGUCUUAAAAAACUGUAUUUUCCAGCCACCAGACGUGUGUCAUUGCCUAAUUGACACUAUUUGCAAAUUUUACUCUAAAAAUAAAAAAUGUGGACAACUGGAGAUUUUUGUUUUCUAAAAAUGACCUGCUGCUUGUCAUGAUUCUUGCCUUAGGUUUGUCGGAGCAGUUAUAAAAAAAAAAAAAAAAAAUCACUCCUGCAAAGAUGAAUCUGUUUAAAAAACACGCCCAGUAAUGAAUAUGCAGAAGUUAGACUCACUUUGCAUGGUGUCAUAUUAAUAGUAAAUGGAUGCUGGAGCAAGAAGACAUUGCAGAGAGUGCCAAGACACAUCUAAAAAAAACUGCUUUGUGUUCUUUGUCGAGUAGAAAACCACUCAUGAUUGUUUAUGGACUUCUAAUGAAAUCAAGACAUUUUGCAAUGGAUGAAGAAAUGGAAUUACCCCCAGAUUGGAGUUAGUCACAUGUGACAGACUUGAUCAUUGUCAGUGUCAAAUUUUCUUUGUGUCCUACUUGUUGUAAUAUCGUAGUUUUCAAAGAGCUUAUUUUUUAAUUUGUUGUGGUGCAAGAUGCUGCUUUACUGUUCCACACAAUCAAGGGCUGUUGUCGACUGAUCCACCACUGAAUGGAAUCCAUUUAUUGGUAUUUAAUGUCUGUGUUAAUUAUGCAAAGGCCUACUGGCUGAAACCAGGCUGCCUCUCAGACGACCAGAUAGGUCACCGGGAAGUAGUGACAAAUAAGGGAGAGUGAUAUGAAAGCAUUUCUAUUUCUAAUCUGGUGGAUCUUGCCCAUUCAUCUGCUAUGAAUUGCACAGAAAUUAUGUAGAAAACCGCCCGUUGUUUAUUUUAUUUUUGCUGAGCAUGUGUUACAUUGCAGCAGUAGAUGCAGAAAGCGAUUUUAACAUUGGAUAGUAGGCAUGCAGUUUACCUUGGAGACCUUAGACAAUGUAAUGCAAAAUACAAGGACAGUUCCAUUGUUGCCUCCGUAUCUUUAAAUCACACUGUGUGGACAGACCAUCGUCGUAACACUGACAACAAUGUUCCUGCCAGUGUUUCCAAAAUGUAUGUGAACUUUUGCACAUUUUUCAUUCUAGCAAUUCUUGAUUCAAGCACAGGUUUUCAACUGUGUUCACUCUGCUUGCAAACUGGAGAGCAUUAAAGGGGACAUAUCAUGUUCAUUUUCAGGUUCCUACUUGGAUUUGGGGUUUCUACUAGAACAUGUUUACAUGCUUUAAUGUUCAAAAAACACUAUUUUUCUCUCAUACUGUCUGACUGAAUAUACCUGUAUUCACCUUCUGUUUGAAACGCUCCAUUUUAGCGCCUGUCCCUUUAAGACACCCCAUCCCAAAAAAGCCAGGCCUGCUCUGAUUGGCUUGUGAGAAAAAUAUGUUGCACAGAUGCAAAGGUCGUUUUCAAGCCGUGGGUGAUAUAUUCUAAUCAAAGAGUAUAGAAGCAAAGAGACGAAACUCUGGUGUAUUUUGACAACGGCUGCUGCUGCCGCCAUUUUGGACUGAAAAUGCUUAUUAUAUUUAUAGUAUUUCAUUGAUUAACACUGGCAAUUUCGGUAGAAUAUGACAACAGAAUAGAAAUCAUUUUGUUUUACUUUUGUACGGCACUUUUUAGGUGGACGUCUUACUGGCGUCAGGUAGUCACUUUCAGUCCAAAAUGGCGGCUGCUGGGCGCUGAUGUUGAAAUGGAACGAAAAAUUGACUUUGGCAAUAUACGUUCUUUGUUCUAAUGAGCCUGUAUGUGACAUAGGAAGGGGAGCUAAAUCUGAUUGGCUUGUUGAAUCAUGUUUUUCUGAUCUAGGCAGCCCCACAAAAAACUGACUGGGUCGUCUUAUUUCACGUUUGUGGGUUGUUAGGACCUCGAGAUACCCACAUGUAUGUGCACAAGCACUGGAAAAGUGAGUUUUUCAUGAUAUGUCCCCUUCAAGAUACAUCGUACUGUUGACCAUAUGAGCAUUUAAUGCACAGCAUUUUGAAUGAUGACAGUAUAUUUUUUCUUGUUAAAGGCACCACAAGCAUCAGGGACAUGUCUGCUGUUACAUGUUUUGUCCAUUCAACACCGCUGUUGACGCCAGUUUGAAGCCAUUAUUAAGUAAAAGAAUUGUCACAGAUGUGUUUUUGUCAGUCUUUAAAAUGUUCAGAGCUAAUUAAGGAAGGGCCUGCAGCCAUAUGUAAUCAGUCACUGGGUGAGAAAGAGAAAUAAGCAUGGACAUUUGGGGCGUAUUGAAUGAGAUGUGUUAAAUUUGUGAACCACUGUUGCUCUAAAUUUGAAUGGAUGUCCGGAAAAGUGUUUUUGUCUGUCCUUAGAGCUGUGCAAUAACCCAUGCCUGUAAUGGAUUCUAACUGCCAUCCAAAGCACUGUAUUUAUUUCCUUUUAUUAAAGCAUUUCUUUUUUGGAUACAAUGA